AUGAACACCGGCGAAGAUGGUGCACCGGACUUCUCUAUGGAAGUGGACCAGAGAAGAGCAUCCCUGCUGCGUGCGAGUGCGUUUGCCCUGUCGCAGCAUCUUUUGCCGCCCACCAGCGAAGGGCAAGCGUCGAUGGUGCAACCGCCAUCGCAGAAUGCAGCUUCGCAGCCAUCGCCAGCCGCAGUUCCAGCGCCCACCACCGAUUCGGCGAUGAUGAUGCAGAUGAUGCAAGAGCAGAUGCAGCAGCAGCAGCAGCUCAUUUCGCGUAUGCUGCAACAGCCACAGUCACAAGUUACAAACCAGCAAAGCCAGGCCUUCCCGACGCAGGUCAUUGCCCCCAGUAAUCCGGAGUUGAUUAUUGAGGCGUUGUCGGGUAGCAUCACCGAGUUCCGGUACGAGGCGGAAUCCGAAAUAACUUUCGAUACGUGGUUCGCGCGCUACGAGGACCUGUUCGCACAGGAUGCCUCCCGCCUCGACGAUGCAGCAAAGGUGCGCUUACUGGUGCGCAAGUUAGGCCCUGCGGAGCACGCACGCUACGCUAGUUUCAUCCUGCCCAGCGUUCCUCGGGAGAUACCGUUCGAUGAAACGGUGAAAAAGCUGAAGGCCCUUUUUGGGAGAGCUGAAACGCUUGUGAGUAAGCGCUACAAGUGUUUGCAGCUAACGAAAUCUCGUACGGAGGAUUUCGUGUCAUUUGUUUGCCGCGUGAACCGCUCCUGCGUCAACUUUCAGCUGUCCGCAAUGAGCGAGGAGCAGUUCAAAUGCCUGAUAUUAGUGUGCGGCUUAAAGGAUGAUGCUGAUGCGGACGUGCGCACGAGACUUCUCUCUCGUAUCGAGGAGAGAACCGACUUCACGCUAGAGCAGCUCUCCGCUGAGUGUGAGCGAAUCUCCAGCUUGAAGGUGGAUAGCGCCAUGAUCGCUACUCAGGCGGAGGAGCAAAUCCUAGCACUAAGAAGUAGAAGCAAUGCACAACAGCAGGCGAGCAAGUGGAAACAAAGAAAGCAGUACCAGCAUACGAGGAACAGUGAUAAUGCAACGGAUUGUGUACCAAGGCGAAUGUACACAUUCAGCUCAAGCCAAAUCACCGUUCUGUGUUUUUUUCCUAAGCGCCCGGUAGCGUAUGCGAUGCGAGCAACGGUGGACAAGGAGCUCGAUCGCUUAGAGGAUCUAGGGGUGAUUACUCCGGUGGAUUAUUCGGACUGGGCGGCCCCAAUUGUGGUGGUGAGGAAGCAGAACGGCAGCGUGCGGAUAUGUGGAGAUUAUUCAACUGGGUUGAAUGCAGCUCUUCAAUCGUACGAAUAUCCACUCCCACUCCCAGAGGAUAUUUUUGCAAAACUGGCACAAUGCAAGUAUUUUUCAAAAAUUGAUCUAACGGAUGCAUUCUUGCAGGUAAAAAUUAAAGAGGAAUAUCGUCCACUCCUGACGAUUAACACGCAUCGCGGAUUGUACCAUUACAACCGUCUACCACCUGGCAUUAAAAUUGCUCCAGCCGCGUUCCAGCAACUCAUCGAUGCAAUGCUCUCCGGCCUAAAAUGUACAUCUGGGUACAUGGAUGAUGUAGUUGUUGGUGGCAAAACAGAAAGCGAGCACGAUGAGAAUUUGCUCAACCUUUUCCGGCGCAUAAAGGAGUACGGAUUUACAAUCCGAGCGGAAAAGUGUUCGUUUAAAAUGCCAAGGAUAGAGUACCUGGGUUUUGUUAUCGACAGGCAGGGUCUCAGACCAAACCCAGCGAAAAUAGAUGCGAUCCUGAAGAUGCCAGCACCGACGAACGUUAGUGAGGUUCGGUCUUUUCUGGGUACUGUGAAUUAUUACGGAAAAUUUGUACCAAAGAUGCGAGAAUUGCGAUACCCGCUGGAUGCAUUGCUCAAAAACGACACCAAAUUUGUUUGGACACGGGAGUGCGCAAAUGCUUUUAACAGGUUCAAAGACCUGUUAGCAUCCGACUUGCUGCUGACGCACUACGACCCGAAUGCAGAGAUAGUGGUCUCUGCCGAUGCAUCGUCGGUUGGACUAGGCGCGACCAUAAGCCACAGGUACGCGGAUGGCUCGCUGAAGGUUGUUCAGCACGCAUCGAGAGCCCUUACGAAGGCUGAAGCAAAUUAUAGCCAAAUUGACCGCGAAGGUUUGGCGAUUAUAUUUGCUGUGAAAAAGUUUCAUAAGAUGCUAUUUGGGCGCCACUUCCGACUGCAAACCGAUCAUCGACCCUUGUUGCGGAUUUUCGGGUCACAUAAGGGUAUACCAGUGUACACGCCAAAUAGGUUGCAGCGGUUUGCAUUGCAGUUGCUGAUGUACGACUUUACCAUCGAGUACGUACAAACCGAUAAGUUUGGCAAUGCGGACGUGCUCUCAAGGCUGAUAUACGAGCACGCAAAACCGGAUCCGGAAUACGUAAUCGCAAGCGCUGAGUUGGAAAAUGAUGUAAGUUCCAUAGCAUCAUACUGUAUUAAUAUAUUUCCACUCAAUUUUAGAGACGUUGCGAAGGCCACGGAGUCCGACCCUGUCCUGAAGAAGGUUUACGGAUACAUCAUGGAAGGGUGGCCCCAAAAUGUCGCGUAUGCUGCAGAGCUGGCUUGCUUUUACCACAGAAGCGAAGCCCUAACCACGGUGCGUGGUUGCAUUUUGUUUGGGGAAAGAGUGGUGAAAGCUGCAGCAGCGUUGCUUGAAGCAACUACAUGAAGGGCACCCCGGUAU